AUGCCUACCUCUCGUGAAGAUUCUGUCUAUCUUGCAAAGUUAGCCGAGCAAGCUGAGCGUUACGAAGAAAUGGUCGAAAACAUGAAGGCUGUUGCCUCAUCUGGCCAAGAGUUGUCCGUUGAGGAACGUAACUUACUAUCGGUAGCCUAUAAAAAUGUGAUCGGUGCUCGCCGUGCAUCAUGGAGAAUUGUUUCCUCUAUUGAACAAAAGGAAGAAGCCAAGGGCAACGAAGCUCAAGUCGCAUUGAUUCGUGACUACCGUUCAAAGAUCGAAAAUGAAUUGACUAAAAUCUGUGAAGACAUUUUGUCAGUUUUAACCGAUCACUUGAUUUCAUCUGCACAAACAGGCGAAUCGAAGGUCUUCUAUUAUAAGAUGAAGGGUGAUUACCAUCGUUAUUUGGCUGAAUUUGCUGUCGCUGAUAAGCGUAAAGAAGCUGCUGACUUAUCCUUGGAAGCUUACAAGGCUGCCUCUGAUGUUGCUGUAACGGAAUUACCACCUACUCAUCCAAUUAGAUUAGGUUUGGCCUUGAACUUUUCUGUGUUCUACUAUGAAAUCUUAAAUUCUCCAGACAGAGCAUGUCAUUUGGCCAAGCAGGCUUUUGAUGAUGCCGUUGCCGAUUUGGAAACUUUAUCUGAAGAUUCUUACAAAGAUUCUACUUUGAUCAUGCAAUUAUUAAGAGAUAACUUAACGUUAUGGACUGAUUUGUCUGAAGCUCCUGCUCCAUCUGAAGAGCAGCAACAGCAGCCUUCAGAAGCAAAACCAGAUGAAGAGUAA